AUGGCGGCGCCCAACGCACUGCUGGCCUGGUGCGUGCAGCACCUGCGCGGCGACUUCGGGCUGGACGUGGGCGAGGAGGUGGUGAGGUACAUCCUGUCCAUAACAGACGAGGAGGAGAUCCGGGAGUACGUGGUGGACCUGCUGCAGGGCACCGAGGGCAGGAAGAGUCAUUUUGUGGAGGAGCUGAUGACCCGCUGGCGCCAGGCCUCCCAGCUGCCAGCCCAGCCUCUGCCUGUCUGCUGGAAAAAGGAGGAGACAGCAGAGGUGCCUCGGGCUGCAGAGCAGGCAAAGAAGGCCAAGCGCAAGGGGCGGAACAAGCAGGAGCUGCCUGCGUACACUGAGCCCAGCGCCCAGGGGGAGGAAGUGAAGACCCCCCUUGAUCUCGCCAAGGCGCAGGAGAGCGGCAUGGGGCUCGGUGGUGCUGGCAGCAGCAGCAGCAGCUGCAGGAGGAAGGCCAAGUUCGUCAGCCUGUACAGCAGGGAGGGCCAGGACCGGCUGGCAGUGCUGCUCCCGGGCAGGCAUCCCUGCGAGUGCUUGGCCCAGCGCCACAGGCUGCUCAACAACUGCCUGCUCUGCGGCCGCAUCGUCUGCCAGCAGGAGGGCUCUGGGCCCUGCCUCUUCUGCGGCGCUCUGGUGUGCACUAAGGAGGAGCAGGACAUUCUCCAGCGGGACUCCAACAAGAGCCAGAAGCUGCUGAAGAAGCUCAUGGCAGGUGCUGAGAGCUCAGGGAAUGUGGAUGCCAGAAGCAAGGACUUACUGCCUCGGGAGGAAGCAAGGCUGAAGGCAGGCCUGGAGCUGGCUGUGAAGCACAAAGACAAGCUGCUGGAGUUUGACAGGACAAGGCUGGAUAAAACCAUUGAAGCCAUACAUUGUGGCACCUUCAGCCAGCCAGCCAGGAGCCCUGAAGCAGAGAGCUGUGGUGUCCUGGUGAAUCCACGGCUUCUGCAGCCUGCUCCUUUGUGGGUGGACCAAACUGGUGUGGUGCCACUCAGGAGAGGUUCCCCUGGCAUGGAGCCUGGCAGCCAGCCCUGCCCGGAGCGCAGCAGGCUGCGCAUUCAGGACCGGGAGCUGCAGGAGAUCUCCGAUGAGGGUUGGUGCCUCAGCAUGCACCAGCCCUGGGCUUCCCUGCUCGUGAGAGGAACCAAGAGGGUGGAGGGCAGGACCUGGUACACCUCUCACCGAGGGCGGUUAUGGAUUGCAGCCACUGCUAAAAGACCUUCUCCCCAGGAGAUCUCUGAGCUGGAGGCCACCUACAGAAUGCUGCUCCAGAAAGAUGUGGAGUUUCCAAGUGAUUACCCCUCAGGGUGCCUCCUGGGCUGUGUGGAUGUGGCUGACUGCCUGUCACAGGAGCAGUUUAAAGAGCAGCACCCAGAGCUGAGCCAGGAGUCUGACUCUCCGUUUGUCUUUAUCUGCACCAACCCCCAGGAGAUGGUUGUGAAGUUUCCCAUCAAAGGAAAACACAAAAUCUGGAAGCUGGAUGCGAAGAUCCACCAGGGAGCGAAGAAGGGGUUAAUGAAGCAGAAAGCCAGGGGCUGA